UACAAUCCAAAAAGUGCAUUACACCAUAUUUUCUUUUCUCACUGAAUAAUAAAUAAUAUAUAUAAUCUCUGUAAAGUGCUUACUUUUGUUUUGUGGGUCAUCUUCCCAAAUUGAGAGAUCAUAUAUAGAAAAAAUCAAACUAUUUUUCAAAUGUCACUCUAUCAACUGGGAUUUCAAAAAUUCUAAUUUUCUUUUUCUUUUUGUGAUUAGAAAUUUUCCAGAUAUAUAUAAAUAUUUUUUUUUCCUUUUUAAUUUCCAGAAAUAUGAGUAACAAUACUACUACUACUACUACUUCGAUUUAUAACAAGAAGGCAUCAAACGACGUCGUAGGAGGUAAAACAGCGAGGGCCUGCGAUAGCUGCGUAAAAAAGCGCGCACGGUGGUACUGCGCCGCAGACGAUGCUUUCCUCUGCCAGUCAUGCGAUCAUUCCGUACACUCGGCAAACUCUUUAGCCAAAAGGCACGAGAGAGUUCGACUCAAAACGGCGUCGUCUCCGAUUAAAUUGACCGAAUUACCCUCCUCGCCUACGUGGCACCGAGGGUUCACUAAAAAAGCACGUACACCCAGACAAGGGAAACAGAACAACAACAACAACAACAACAACAAACCCCACGGUAGCUCCAGUGGAAGUUCGGGUACGGUACCGAACCCAUUUUCUUUGGUACCCGAGUAUUUGAAUUCGCCCGAAGAAGAAAAUGAGGACCAGCUUCUUUACCGUGUUCCCGUAUACGAUCCUUUCGUUGUGGCAAGCCAAAACGCACAAGUAUCGAAAUCAACGACGUCGUUUGGAGCUGCUAAUAAUAAUAAUAAUUUAAUAAAUGGGUUUGUUUUCCCGGCUCAAGAGAUGGAUGAUCUGGCGGAGUUCGCUGCUGACGUGGAGAGUUUAUUGGGCCAUGGGCUUGAAAAUGAUGAGUGUUUUGGUAUGAAGGAAUUGGGCUUUGUGGAUUCAAAAGAUGAAACGACAACGACAACAGAAGAAUCAGGAGGUGUAAAGGUUGAAAAAGAAGAAGAUCAGAAUGAUGAUCAAUUAUUAGCCGUUGGAUUAGGAGGUAAUACUAGUUUGGAUGAUAUGGUGAUGAUCACGAGGGAGCCUUUUCAGUUCAACUUCGAUGAUUACGACGAUGACGUGUCACCUGCACCGUCGUGUGGUGUGGAGGAGGAGAAUGAUGAGAAUAAUAUUAUGAUAAAGGAAAUGAAAAACGACAAUGGAAAUGAUGUAAACGACGUCGUUUUUGAUAAUAAGAAGAAUAGUAGUAGUACUAGUUCGAUGAUGAUGUUGAUAAAAAAGAAUAAAAAAAUGAAGAAACAGAAACAUCAGAUUUUGUUGAGAUUGGAUUAUGAAGCUGUCAGUACUGCUUGGGCUACUCAAGGCGGGUCUCCAUGGACUACUGGGGACCGACCCGAUCUCGACCCGGAUUCCUGCUUACCCGAUUGCAUGAUGUUGAUGAGUUCAUCAUGUGAAACAACUCAAAUGAUUAAUGAUGAAAGUAAUAAUAACUAUUUGGGUAGUGGAUCAUACGUUGUUGGGGUUGGGAGAUUAUCAAACACAGCAGCAUUGGGAUUGGGAUUGGGAUUAGAAGAAGGAAGAGAAGCACGUGUUUCGAGAUACAGAGAGAAAAGAAGAACAAGAUUGUUUUCUAAGAAAAUAAGGUACGAGGUUCGAAAACUCAAUGCUGAGAAAAGACCAAGAAUGAAAGGUAGGUUUGUCAAGAGAUCUUCCUUGACUUUUGUUAAUAAUCCACCAUUACCAAUUACUACUACUACUACUACCUCUUUCCCUAAUAAGCUUAAGUAAUGUUAAUUAGCACAAUGUUUACAGUAUAUAUUAAUCAAUAAGUUGGUAAAACUCUAAUACUCUUUUGAGCUUUCAUAAUGUUAUUAAUGCAAUUUUGUAUCGGGUUUUAUAUAUUUUGAAUUAAAAUAUUUUAAGUGUACUGUAAGAUGUAUAUAGUUUCAUUACAAAAUAAUUUAUAAUGUGAAAAGAGUAUAAA